AGUCAUGUCAUUCGCCAUUUUAGUGUGAGCAAGAUUGAGCAGGACAACAAAAAUCGUGACUGCUGCAUGAAAGCCGCAUUUCUUGUUUCAGGCGGAGUGAAGGGUUUUAUUUUGAGUGUUUAUGCUGCGGGAUCAUGAACCAGGACACGAACACGACGCUGUCGUCUAAAGAGAACCAGGAGGAUUGCUGUAAUCCAGUAUUGGAUGAAGAGGCAAAACUGAAGGCAAAAUAUCCAAAUUUGAGCCACAAGUCCAGCGGUUCGGACUUUCUUAUGAAAAAACUACAGAAAGGACAAAAGUACUUUGACUCAGGCGAUUAUAACAUGGCAAAGGCCAAGAUGAAGAGCAAACAUUUAGUGACAGCUGGACCUGAUAAGAACCUGGUGACAGGAGAUCACAUCCUCACACCGCAGGAUCUGCCUCAGAGGAAAACCACAUUACUCACCAGCAAACUGGCCGGAUAAACACACACGCUGCAGCGUUUGUUCUGGGUUCACGCCUCUGCGUGUUUCUCCAGCAGGAACAGAAGAUCAUCAUCAUCAUCAUCAUCAUCAUCAUCUGAUCAUCACACACACAGAUCCAGUCUGAUUCAUGCAGCACGAAAGCUGAUUUAUCCACCUCAUAUGGACUCUACGUGUUAUACUGUACGACGCUGAACACAAACUGAUGGAUUUCUGUCUUCUCUGUAGUUUUUAUGUUUGUUUUUUCUUUUAAGCUGUCAAUGUCAAUAAGACACGUUGAGGUUAAACGAUAAAGAAGUUCUGAAGAAAUCAAAGCCUAUUGUAGGAUUAUGAAAUGACUGUAAUACAUUUUUAUUUAAAAGCAAUAUGACAUGACAUACAGGAACACAACCAGGAAAUAUAAAUUCUUUACAGUUUAAACAAUGCAUCAACAUGUUUUAAUAGAAUGAGAAUCUGGGCAGACUGAAGAACUGUCAUAAAAAAAGAAUAUUAAACUUACCUAAAUUGUCUUGAAACUAGGCAAAAAUAAGAUUUCAACGUGUGCUGUAAACCUGCAAGUGUUCAAUAUUUCUAACUGCAGAAUGAUCAGAACAUUUCAAACAGAGUGAGAUAUAAUAGCUAGGAUUGGGAAUCAUAAGAAGUUUCCAGAUACUGGUUGUGGAUACACGCGUUCCCAGCACACGGUCCAGACGUCAGAAGGGUUUUUGGUGCUUUACCUUCUGAUACUCCACCACACGCAUAUCAGAAGAUGAUCAAACCUGUUCCUUUCUGUACUCGGAACAGUCCGUUUACCUGUGUGUUCUCUCGUCUUUAGCUCUAGAACACAUUCUGAUGCCAUCUUCAAACACUUGCAUCAUCAUUAUCAUCACUUCAGCGCGUUAUGGGAGAGCAGUGAUGUCAUUCAUCUGUUGUUACAUGUACAGAGACUUCUUGGCAGUGUUUGAAAUGAAUUUGACAUCUGUGCUCUGAGUUGUGUGUGGCUGGGAUGAAACAUCUGUAAAUGACAUCAGUUAUAGUUUCAUGUCACACUGGACACUUUCAGAGUAAGAUCACAGUUCAUGUGUGGGAAUCAAGCACCGCACCGGUUAUCUUUUAACUAAAUAGAAAUGUAAUCAUUUGCUUUUCAGCGACAUUAAUAACGUGAGGUGACACGUGGAGUACACACAUCAUGUCCAGCAGGUGGCAGAGUUCAUCACUCACUGACACAAGUCAUGUUAUAUGCACAUGUAUGUAUUUGACAGAUGCUUUAUCCUAAAUGACUUGCACUUUAUUCAGAGUAAACAUUUAUCAGUACACGUGUUCUCUGAGAGUCAAACCCAUUCACCCUCGUGUUCUUGACUAGACUUGUAUUCAAUACUGUUUGUGUUUAUCGUCAUCAUUCAUUUGCACGAUGUUGUUACCGCAAAUUUAACUACUGUAAAUAUUAUAUUCAUUCAUAUUAUUAUUAUUGUAAUUCAUAAUGUAACUCUGCAGUGUGAUAAAAGUAUCAGCAAUUACUGUAAAAUAAAGAUUUGACACCGGCUCAUUGCUAACAUGCAUGCGCUGAGCUGCUGAAAUUAUCUACAAUCUUCUGCUCUUUCCGACAUUAUUAAUUCAUUAUAUGUCACCUUCAUCAAGUCUAUUAUACUGCUUAUAACAUUGUAACCAGUAAAAGUGAAUCCUGUCCAGAAUCUCACAUACAGUAGACUAAUAAAUGUGCAGAAUUGUGCCUUUCCAUCACUAUCAUCAAAACCGUGAAGUCACACAGUAGACAGACGACAGGACUCAACAUUCUGACUGUCCUGUUCAUCUAACAGCAUUCAUGUGCUUUGCAAAUGUCAAGCGCGACUUGAGAAAUGCACCAAAAAUGACUGAGAAAAUAAUUUAAAGUGUUCCAUUUUCAAAAAGAUAAUAGAAAGAAAUCAUUCUUCCCCAAAAUCUCAAAAUAUAAGCAUCAACGUUCGAUUUCAACCAUUAAUUUCACUAUCAUUUCAAUGUCUCACCUGGCAUUACUCUGUCAAUCUUAAAGCGGCCAUGAAACGCUUUUUCAUGCAUUCUUCUCAUGCUUAACAUGGUCAACUUAUCAAAAAACCAGUUGGAUGUAUGACAUAGUGUUUCUGUGCUCAAUACACUCCCCCAGCAUUCAUAUAGGUUUCAGAAAGUUUUUUUCGAACAUU